UUGUUUACAUUAAAAAAGAGAGAAAGGAAUCUACAUAAAACGUUCCUUUCUUUUCUCUUCCCCUUUUUUUUCUUCUUUUUCAAAAUGACAGAAUCAAACCUCUCAAUGGAUUCAUACAUGGACGACAAGGAUGAUAUCAUGACUUACCUUGAUGAAGACUACAUGUCUACUACAAGUAACAACUCUUCUUCCUGGACAUUACCUCUCAGCCCAUCCAUGACGCCUACUCCUCCUGAACCAUCAGUGUUUCCAGAGCCACAAUAUUUUCCGUUCAUGAAUUACCUCCAAGGAUGCUAUCAACACGACGUUUCACAAAUGAACGCGUUUAAGGAGAUUCACUUGAUGUUACCUUCUUCUACACUUGUGGGACCCAAACAAAAGCGAGGACGAAAAAAGCGAAAUGCGAGCAAGGAUACAAGCGCAGUAUCUCUAAAGCCACCUGUUCCUAUCCUACCAGCGAUCAAGCAAGAAGAAGAUGGACAUAAAACUGACGAGCAACUGAACCAUGAGAAGAUGGCGGCUUCGCUUGCCAAAAGACAAGAAAGGCUCAUCAAGAAUAGAGCAGCGGCUUUGUUGUCACGAAAGAGAAAGAGAGAACACCUGUAUUCAUUGGAACAGGAACGAAUGAAGCUCUUGGAUGAAAAUUCAGACUUGAAAGAACAAAUGAAUAGAUUAGAAAGAGAAAAUAUGCAAUUAAGGCAGAAAUUAAAAGACAAUAACCAUAGUCAUAGCAGCAGCCAUGGUAGCCAUAGUUGUGGUAACCAUGGCAUUCUUUUAAUGAUCAUUUUAUACUGCUUUGCACUAUUUAUUUCAUUUUUACCAAAAUCAAAAACAAUGACAAAGUAAGAUAUAGCUUUUCUCUCUCUUUUGUUUUGCCUAAUUUUAAAAUAUGAACAGUAGAACCAUAUCCAACAUUAAUACCCUUUCUUCCUUUCCACCAAAAGAAUUUUGCAAAGAAGAC